UUAACACACGGGAUAGGCGGGGAUAACGGCUACGGCCGCCAAAGUUUGGUGGGUGGCUUUUAGUUUCAGAGGGUGCAGAGAGAAAAACAGAAAUGAUUCCGACGCGAACAUUAUGUUCAAGUUUACCUCAAGUAUGCAGAAUUGCAAAAAGAUCCUUGAAAUCUUGCAAAAUCCACGGGGAGUCCCUCGAUUCCUCUGUCUCUCCCUUUCUUAUAAACGGCAUCCACAUCUUUCAUUGCCCUGACGAAGUUGGGAUCGUGGCGAAACUAUCGGAUUGCAUAGCUUCAAGAGGUGGAAACAUUCUUGGGGCUGAUGUUUUCGUGCCUGAGCGCAAGAAUGUGUUCUAUUCUAGGAAGGAGUUUGUUUUUGAUCCUGUUAAAUGGCCACGUGAACAAAUGGAGGAGGACUUCUCCAAGUUGGCAAAAAUGUACAAUGCUACUAAGUCUGUUGUCCGAGUACCAUGUAUAGAUCCCAAAUAUAAGAUUGCUCUUCUUUCAUCAAAACAGGAUCACUGCUUGGUUGACAUGUUACACGCAUGGCAAGAUGGAAAGCUUCCUGUGGAUAUAACUUGUGUAAUAAGUAAUCAUGAGAGAGCUUCAAACACGCAUGUGAUUCGCUUUCUUGAAAGGCAUGGUAUUCCAUAUCAUUACUUGCAUACAACCAAAGCAAACAAAAGAGAACAGGAGAUCUUGGAGCUGGUUCAGGAUACUGAUUUUUUAGUUCUAGCCAGGUACAUGCAGGUACUAUCUGGUGAUUUCUUAAAAAGUUAUGGGAAGGAUAUAAUUAACAUUCAUCAUGGACUUUUGCCAUCCUUCAAGGGUGGACAUCCAUCAAAACAGGCAUUUGAUGCCGGGGUAAAGCUAAUUGGUGCAACAAGUCACUUUGUGACCGAGGAACUUGAUUCGGGACCUAUCAUUGAGCAAAUGGUUGAGGCAGUUUCUCAUAGAGACAAUCUGAGAAGUUUUGUUCAGAAAUCAGAGGAUCUUGAGAAAAAAUGCCUUUCAAAAGCUAUAAGAUCAUAUUGCGAGCUGCGAGUGCUACCUUAUGGCACAAACAAGACUGUUGUAUUUUAAGAAUAGAAAGAAAAGACCUGUAAAGGUGCAAUAGGGUUGUACGUUCAGUUAUUAUUGAAUUGUUCUAUACAGAAGUACUUCAAAUCAAAUGUUCCACUCUUUGAAUUCAAAUUAUAAUACCAGAUAUUUGAAAGGGAAAAUGAAGCAUAUAAACUUUAAUGUU